GAAUUUGGUCUGUUGCCGCUAAUUUUGAGACAGUAGAAGUUCAGCUUCACUAUUUGCUUUGUGUUGUUUUUGCGUUUGUUUCCAGUCUCCAGUUGAGAAGAUAUCGCUGAAAAGCUUCCUGUCUGAGGAACACACCUGCUUCGCUUUUAAGAUGCACGUGAUUAAACGAGAUGGGCGCCGUGAGGCAGUUAGUUUUGAUAAAAUCACGUCUCGCAUCCAGAAGCUCUGCUACGGACUUAACGCUGACUUUGUGGACCCUGCCCAGAUCACCAUGAAGGUGAUCCAGGGGCUGUACAGUGGGGUCUCCACUGUGGAGCUGGACACACUGGCUGCAGAGACCGCCGCUACGCUCACCACCAAACAUCCGGACUAUGCCAUCCUGGCUGCACGGAUCGCUGUGUCCAACCUGCAUAAAGAGACCAAGAAAGUAUUCAGUGAUGUGAUGGAAGACUUGUACAACUAUGUCAACCCCUUAAACAAACGCCACUCACCUAUGAUCUGCAAGGAGACGCUUGACAUCGUUCUGGAAAACAAAGCUCGCCUCAACUCAGCCAUCAUUUACGACAGAGACUUUUCUUACAACUUCUUCGGCUUUAAGACUCUUGAGCGGUCAUAUUUAUUGAAGAUCAAUGGCAAAGUUUCUGAGAGACCCCAGCACAUGCUGAUGAGGGUAUCGGUUGGGAUUCAUAAAAAAGACAUCGAUGCAGCUAUUGAGACUUACAAUUUGCUGUCAGAGAAGUGGUUCACCCACGCCUCCCCCACCCUGUUCAAUGCAGGCACUAACAGACCGCAGCUGUCCAGUUGUUUUUUGCUGUCCAUGAAGGAUGACAGCAUCGAGGGCAUUUAUGACACACUGAAGCAGUGUGCGCUCAUCUCCAAAUCAGCUGGAGGCAUUGGAGUAGCAGUCAGCUGCAUCAGAGCCACAGGAAGCUACAUUGCUGGGACUAAUGGCACCUCCAAUGGACUGGUUCCUAUGCUGCGAGUGUACAACAACACGGCACGUUAUGUGGAUCAAGGCGGCAACAAGAGGCCCGGGGCGUUCGCUAUGUACCUGGAGCCGUGGCAUUCAGACGUGUUUGAAUUUCUGGACCUGAAGAAGAACACCGGGAAAGAAGAACAGAGGGCCAGAGAUCUGUUCUUCGCCUUGUGGAUCCCAGACCUCUUUAUGAAAAGAGUGGAAAGCAAUCAGGACUGGUCUCUGAUGUGUCCGAACGAAUGUCCAGGCUUAGAUGAGUGCUGGGGGGAGGAGUUCGAGGAGCUUUACACUCGGUAUGAGAAGGAGGGCAGGACCAGGCGGGUGGUGAAGGCUCAGCAGCUGUGGUACGCCAUCAUCGAGUCGCAGACAGAAACYGGGACGCCUUACAUGCUCUACAAGGACGCCUGCAACAGGAAGAGCAACCAGCAAAACCUGGGCACCAUCAAAUCCAGCAACCUGUGCACGGAGAUCGUAGAGUACACAAGUGAUGAUGAGAUUGCAGUGUGUAACCUGGCAUCCAUUGCACUCAACAUGUACGUCACCUCAGAAAAGACCUUUGACUUCAAAAAGCUUGCAUCUGUCACCAAAGUUAUCGUCAAGAACCUCAACAAGAUUAUUGACAUCAAUUACUACCCAGUACCGGAGGCUGAAAARUCGAACAAGCGCCACCGGCCAAUCGGAAUCGGUGUCCAGGGUCUGGCYGACGCAUUUAUCCUCAUGCGUUAUCCGUUUGAAAGCCCAGAGGCCCAGCUGCUCAACAUUCAGAUCUUUGAGACCAUCUACCACGCUGCUCUGGAGGCCAGCUGUGAACUGGCAGCGGAGGUCGGCGCCUACGAAACCUACGCCGGCUGUCCCGUCAGCAAGGGAAUCCUUCAGUACGACAUGUGGGGUAAAACCCCGACAGACUUGUGGGACUGGGAGGCACUGAAGGAGAAAAUUGCCAAGCACGGUGUGAGGAACAGCCUGCUGUUGGCCCCGAUGCCCACGGCCUCCACGGCUCAGAUCCUGGGCAACAACGAGUCGAUCGAGGCGUACACGAGCAACAUCUACACUCGCAGGGUGCUCUCAGGAGAGUUCCAGAUAGUGAAUCCUCACCUGCUGAAGGACCUGACAGAGAGAGGACUGUGGAACGAGGAGAUGAAGAAUCAGCUGAUUGCUCAGAACGGCUCCAUCCAGGACAUUAAAGAGAUCCCCGUUGAUCUGAAGCAGCUGUAUAAAACCGUGUGGGAAAUCUCUCAGAAAACCGUCCUGAAGAUGGCAGCAGAUCGUGGCGCCUACAUCGACCAGAGCCAGUCUCUGAAYAUUCACAUCGCCGAGCCCAAUUACGGCAAACUCAGCAGCAUGCACUUCUACGGCUGGAAGUUGGGCCUGAAAACCGGCAUGUACUACCUGCGGACGAAGCCUGCAGCCAACCCCAUCCAGUUCACUCUGAACAAGGAGAAGCUGAAGGAGAGCCCGAUGGUGAAGAGUGAGGAAGAGGAGGCCAGGGAGCGCAACACGGCAGCCAUGGUCUGCUCUUUAACCAACAGAGAAGAAUGCCUGGCCUGUGGCUCCUAACCUGUGACGAUUAAAGGAAAUAGUUUCUACGAUAACAACAUGGUGCUUGUUUUGUAAAGGAAUUUUUAAACUUUGUUCUUUUAUAUAUCACAUUUUUUUAAUGAACAAAUCUUUGCAGUCUGUUAUUUAAUGUUUAUAGAACUCUUCAUCUUGACUCGUUUUGUACAGAAUUAACAAGUUUUCAUGAAUUUAUCUUUUGAUUUGUUAUCACAGUUUUGUAACUUGUGUUGUUUUAAUGAAUUUUAUGUCUUAAAUGUGUUAAAAUUCAACACGACAUCAAGAAUCUCUAAAUAUUCUGAAGAUUCAUCGUGUUAAUGAUAAAUUAUACCUCAGUAUCAGUUUUGUGUUCUUUAAGCUUGCAUUUGUGUUAAUUGUGCAAAAGUUAGCUACUUUAUCAGCCGAUGAAGAAAAACAACACAGGAGUGGGGAAAGAAACCAGUUUAUGCUCUUAAUGUUUUGUAUUUCUUUGGAUGUUUUUUGUUUUUUUACUGGAAGCACGUGGCAGAAAAA